CGCUGCGGCACCAGGGAGGUGGUUCCCACUUUAAGAAGUGAAGUUUUUAACCUCCUCCCCCUCCCUGCCCACCUCCAGCAGCCGCCAGUGCCCCGGGGAGCUGGCGGAUGGAGCUACGCCGCGGUGGCGUAGGGAGCCAGGCUGUGGGGCGGAGGAUGGACGGGGACACCCGAGAUGGCGGCGGCGGCGGUGGCAGCAAGGACGCCGGGUCGGAGGACUACGAGAACCUGCCGACCAGUGCCUCCAUCACCACGCACAUGACAGCCGGCGCGAUGGCUGGGAUCCUGGAGCACUCGGUUAUGUACCCGGUCGACUCGGUGAAGACGCGAAUGCAGAGUCUGCAUCCGGAUCCCAAGGCCCAGUACACCAGCGUGUAUGGCGCCCUCAAGAAGAUCGUCCGGACCGAAGGCUUCUGGCGGCCGCUGCGGGGCAUCAACGUGAUGGUGAUGGGGGCGGGGCCUGCGCACGCCAUGUACUUUGCCUGCUAUGAGAACAUGAAACGGACUUUGAAUGAUGUUUUCCACCACCGCGGAAACAGCCACCUAGCCAACGGGAUAGCUGGGAGUAUGGCCACCCUGCUCCACGAUGCGGUAAUGAAUCCAGCAGAAGUGGUGAAGCAGCGCAUGCAGAUGUACAACUCGCCGCACCGCUCCGCCCUCAGCUGCAUCCGGACAGUGUGGAGGACUGAGGGGUUGGAAGCCUUCUACCGGAGUUACACCACGCAGCUGACCAUGAACAUCCCCUUCCAGGCCAUCCAUUUCAUCACCUACGAAUUCCUGCAGGAGCAGGUCAACCCUCACCGAGGGUACAACCCACAGUCGCACAUUAUCUCAGGCGGACUGGCCGGGGCCAUUGCCGCAGCUGCCACCACCCCCCUGGACGUCUGCAAGACCCUCCUCAACACUCAGGAACACGUGGCUCUCUCCCUGGCCAACAUCAGCGGGCGCCUGUCGGGCAUGGCCAACGCCUUCCGGACAGUGUACCAGCUCAACGGCCUGCCCGGCUACUUCAAAGGCGUGCAGGCACGAGUCAUCUACCAGAUGCCAUCGACGGCCAUUUCUUGGUCCGUCUACGAGUUUUUCAAGUACUUCCUCACAAAGCACAACUUGGACACUCGAACUCCGUACUAGAGGAACACACCAGGGCGCGAUUCCGGAAUCGUUGCAUUUUAAAAGGCUUUCCCUGCCUGCUCCCCUUCUCUGGCCCUCAUACCAAUUGGUUUUCACAGGGUGUUCCCGAUGGGCCUUCUGCCUCCCGACUCUGGCCAGCAGUCAGUGGGUGGGUGGGGGGUUAGUCGCCCCAGGGGCCAUCUGCAGGAAGGUCUGAAGUGGUGGUUGUCCGGGGCGAGGCCUGAGGAAGGGCUAAGAGACCGAUUUUUCUCUUUGUCCUCCGUCUCUUGCUUCUCUGCCACAGUGUCCACCCCAGUGUCUGAGGUCACAGAAAAGGGAAGAAAGAGGGUGUGCAGUGACUGAAUGCAUUAGAGGCAGAUUUCAUGUAUAAAAGUUCCAGUAUGCAGUAUGAAAUAGACGGAUAAUGUUUAUCCUUUAUUUUUCUAUGUAGAAAAUUUUUAAUUUGCGUGCGUGUGUAUAUGUAUGUGUGUGCCUGUGCGUGUGUACAAAUAGUAUUCCAGCUGUGACUAUACAGCUGUUGGGUUUGUUGUUGUUGUUGUUUUUAAUAGAGGGCUACAUUCUUCCAUCAGGUUGAGUAAAAAGGCACCGGGGUAACGAUUACAUUGCUGACGGUGGCCUCAAAUCGUGUUGAAAGUGCCAGGUGGAAGUUUCACUUGAAUGUAGAAUAAUAAAUACUAAGUUUAUA